CGUGGGUGCCGAAAGGGGCGGGGCCGGCGCCGUUCCGGCCGCUCCGCUCCCCGCCGGGCCCCGGCACCCAUGGCGCUGGAGCAGGCGCAGGACGAGGGCCCCGCCGCCAGCACCGGCCCGCCGCGCCUCUGCGAGCCGGGAACCGCGCACGGAGGUGGGAACAGCCUCUCUGCCCCAGAGAGCCCCGUCGAGGCGGCACCGGAUGGCCCCGGGGGAGAAGCUGAACCCGCAGCCGGCGCUGAGCAGGAUUCAGCAGUGCCCGGUGGCGAGGGGGAGCCUGGGCCUGGGAGCCUGGAUGCAGUGGAGGAGCCUGAGGCAGAGGCGGCCCCUGCUCGGCCCUCCCAGAACAUCGCUGUGCAGACUGACUUCAAGACAAAUGACGUGGAUGUGAACACUGAUCAGGAUAUUGAGAAGAACUUGGAUAAAAUGAUGUCUGAGAGGGCAUUGCUGAAGGAGCGUUACCAGGAGGUGCUGGACAAACAGCGGCAAGUAGAGAACCAGCUGCAGGUGCAACUCAAGCAGCUCCAGCAGCGGAGGGAAGAGGAGAUGAAGAACCACCAGGAGAUCCUGAAAGCCAUUCAGGAUGUUACGAUCAAGCGGGAAGAGACAAAGAAGAAGAUGGAGAAAGAAAAGAAGGAAUUCCUGCAGAAAGAGCAGGAUCUGAAGGCAGAGAUUGAGAAACUCUGUGAGAAAGGCAGAAGGUUGUUGAAAGAGCAGGAGGAGAAGGAAAACAAGAUUGCAUCUUUGAUCGCGGAGCAGUCUGAUGAAAAGCAGCUCUGGGAGAUGGAGCUGGAUAAGCUGAAGAACCAGCACAAUGAAAUCAACAGGAACAUUCUUGAGGAGACAGAGCGGGCCUGGAAAGCAGAGAUCCUGUCCCUGGAGAGCCGGAAGGAGCUGCUGGUGUUGAAACUAGAAGAAGCAGAAAAAGAAGCAGAGCUGCACCUCACCUACCUCAAUUGUGCUUACAGGUCUGCACCGCCCACGCUGGAGACGAUGAGACCGAAGCAGGAGUGGGAGAUGAGGCUGAACAGGAUACGAAUGACCAAGGAAAGUGUCCGAGAUCAGUUCAACGACCACAUCCAGAUGGUGAGAAAUGGAGCCAAGCUGAGCAGCCUUCCACAGAUCCCGACCCCGACGCUGCCGCCUCCGCCCUCCGAAACAGAUUUCAUGCUGACGGCAUUCCAGCCCAACCCCUCCCUUACUCCCAGGCUCCCGUUUCCCAUCGGACCAGUUCCCGUUCCCAUGGUCAUGCCAAGCGCUGAUCCCCGGGCACUCUCCUUUCCUCUCCUAAACCCUGCGAUCUCCAGGCCCAACCAGCCUUCCCCGCCGCUGCCUGCUUCCCAAGGAAGAAACAGCCCAGUAGUGGCAUCGCUUAUUGGCACGCACAGCCCUCACAUGAGUCCCGCUGCUCCUAUCCCUCCUCCGCCGGGCCUGGGAGGAGUUAACGUCACUCCAGAGUUUCAUAGGCUGCAGCCGGCUGAUAAGCUGGAAAGGCUGCUGGAGAAGUUGUUGACUCGGUUUCCGCAGUGCAACAAGGCGCAGCUCACCAACAUCCUACAGCAGAUCAAGACUGCUCGAAGGACCAUGAAGGGUCUGACCAUGGAGGAGCUGAACCAGCUGGUGGCGGCCAAGCUGGCGGAGCAGCAGGAGCGGGCAGCGGCUGGGGCCCAGCCUCUCAGUCGCAUCAGGGCACCCAUGUUCUCAGCUCCACUGCCUCAGAUUAGCACGCCCAUGUUCCUGCCCCCGGCCCAGGUGGCUUACCCCGGAACAGCGUCACACACCCCGGCUGCCUGUAAGCUGUGUCUGAUGUGCCAGAAGCUCGUGCAGCCCGGUGACCUUCACCCCAUGGCCUGCUCGCACGUGCUGCACAAGGAGUGCAUCAAAUUCUGGGCACAAACCAACACCAACGACACUUGUCCUUUCUGUCCGAGUCUCAAAUGAUGACGGCUGCUCAAACAAAGCGGUUCCAGGGGCGGAGUUGCUGUGAAUAGACAGGAUCAGUUCUAAGAUUUCUACAGUUCUAUAUUUAUACGACCCUGUAUACACAUGUACAUUUCUAUUAUAUAGGUAAGGUGUGUAUAGAAAGUCUGUAUACAUACAAAUUCAUAAAUAAAGUGUGUAUAUUAUGCA